AUGUAUUCUCCAUCGCAUCAUGCAGACCACGAUGCUGCACUCCGUGCAAGUUUGUCUACGCUUCUCUCAUGCGCUGCCGCUGCCAGAGGACUACCAAAGCGGGAUAAUCAAUGUUCGAUUCCGGAGCGACCUAAUAUUUCCAGAGCGCCAGAACCGUCGACAUUCCGGCUUGUCCCUGAGCCUGUUGCUCUGGCAGACAACCGGAGAGAUCAAUGUUCCAAUACCCGAGAACCAGAAUACCGAACAACAACUUCCCCGUCUUCGAAGCGAUCCCGCUCGCCUGUCAAAUCCGCUAGCAAAGCAAGGCGGAGACCAAGUUUGUCUAAAGACCGUUCCGUACCCCAAACAUCGAAAAAGGCUCGCCGCACUGCCGUGACAGAAACCGGUUCCAUAAUUAGCCCUACUAUGAUGACGUGGGUGAUCAGCGCUGGAGUCGUUGUUUUGUUCUCAGCAAUUAGCUUUUCUGCUGGUUACGUCUUGGGCCGGGAGGUGGGAAGAACGGAGGCAGGUCAAGGUCUCUAUGUAAAUGCAAACGGCUUAUCAGGUGCAAGAUCAGGUGCAGGAUGUGGAAAAGAUGCUGUCAAAGGUGGUCUAAGACAAUUACGUUGGGUUGGUGGCGGCUCUGGAUCUGGAAUUGCUGCUUAG